AUGCUCUCCCGUGCUGCUCUGAUCACGAUCCGAAGAUGUAAGUUUAUUUCCACGAAAUUCGAACCUUUUUGCUUAAUGUUUCAUUGAUCACAAUAACAACAACAUCAAAUUCAAUGUUAAGAACAAUAUUUUUGGACCAAAGAUCGUUGAAAAUAACAAAAUUUCUCGGAAUUUUGACCGAUUUCAUCAUAAACAAGAUAAAGAACGUUCAGAGUUGGUCUACUGUCCUUCUUGGGCCUUAAAUUUGAAGUUUGGACGAAAUUAUUCAUUAAUCGGCGGAACUGAUAAGCAUCCUUUAUAUAUUGACGUAAUUCGGGCUUAAGGUGGUCAAAACCUGAUGCUUUUCGUGUAAGAUGAUAGAAAUGACCUUGAUUACUAUUGCUGAUGCAAUGUUUUUGUAAACUAGUAUUGUAACAAUUGUUUUUAAUGGCUUUGGCCGCGGGAUAUAAAUUGGGGGUGUUAGGGUGGUAGUUGUUUUAUUGUCUCAUGCUUAAUACCGGGGGUUUUGAAUCCGGAUUUUUUGAUUUUAUGUAGCUAAAGUAUUGUAUUUACUAGUAGUUUUUAAAAUGCUUUUCCUUUUUAGUAGAAAUGGCGGUUAUUAUAACGAAAAAUGUGGCAGUUGAUCAGUAUGGUGUAAAAGAUUGAGUUCGUACAACUUCUAGAUCAAAACACUAUCAAUACCAAACUCUAGAUUCUGUCAACCGCGCGUUCCAAUUAUCAAAUAAGACAAUUAAAUUACGAAAAUGAUAGGUUUAUUCAACCACAGAUAGUAAAAUAAAAAAUACGACGCUAUGCGUACGUAAAAACAGAAUAGAUAGAAUUAGACCGAUCGGCGGUCAAGAAUCGAGACGUCGAUUUACAGAAGGCGACCGAGCGGCGGCCGAGCGAAAAGGAAGACUCUUUGAGAAAGUGAAAUUCGAAUUGAGACGGUUCAAUUUAUGCAAAUUGAAUCGAUUCGAAUACAUAUGGUUGCUAACUUAAGGCAAUACGAUGAUCUGUAACUUUAAUUUUUAUAGACGAUUUUCGUUGGGACUAUAGUAAAAUACGUUUUGUAGUAUAUGCUAUUUAACAUAAAGUAGGAAACAGACACCUAAUUAGAUUUUACUACGCAAAACGGCCUAUUUUUCGAAUAUUAUCCAUGACAUCUGAUGUCAAGCUUUUGUUUUAAGGUUUACAAUUAAAAAUUGGUCUUUUUAAGAUGUAACACAUUUAGAAAACAAUCAAAAGCUUUAAAAGAAACUAAUUCUACAUCCCCAACUACCAAAACCACUUGUUUCGUAUAAAAAACAUUGUUUUAGCGUCGCCACGCCUUUCACUACUGAAAAUUGGACGCCAAUCGAAACGAACCUUGUCAUACCACUAUCCUGUUCACAAUCGAGGUCAUUUGUUAUCCGCUUCUCACACCCAUCACAACGGUCAGUUUGGAUGUCAUUUCAAAGUAGUUGGGGUUUCAUUUCACUGUAUUAAGGUUUGAUUUAUCACGGUUUAUAUUACACUUGACCAGACUUAUUUUUAACGUAAAUUUUUCGCUUUUGCAAAGUUAUAGUUUGUAAAAACAACUUCCACAUCACAAUACACCCAUUUCGAGAGCAAGAAUACAAUAGAACAGCCAAGAUUGUUAUCGGGUUUGUUGUGGUUUUUGCAGCGGAAAAUAUUAUUUUGAAGGUCAAGUGUAAUAUCAGAUGAUCGGCUUAUCAGGCGUUCCUUGAUACCGUUCAAGCUAAAUACAGGUGAUAUAAUAAACAAAGGAACGUUAUUUUUAUAUUUACAAAAAAAAUACAAGGAACGGCGCGCCGUUUUUAAUCGAAUUCUGGCCGGAUAAGGCGAAAGCGCAGUCUGCAGUUUUCGGAUAGCGCUGUGGGCGCAAAUUGCGGGAUUUAUUUUGGCCAAAUUUCUUUUUCAUCAUUUUUAAAAGUCUACGGAGUAAAUUGGUCGGUUUUUUGGUCAGAUGGGGUUGAUUAUAUCGAUAGGUGGGAAGUUAUAUUGUUUUAGGUUUACUUGAUGUGGUAUUUUUGGGAAAAUACUAAAUUCUAUUGAAGACGAAGAGAUUUAGCCAUAUUUUUUCAUGUAAACUAUGAAGUAGGGUCUUCUUCACUAUUUACAGGCUUUUUAAUUUAGUAAGAUGCUUUAUCUUUUUGUUUUAAUUAAAUAUAUGGUGUUAGCCACUUAUAACUUUAAUGUAAUAUUUUUCGUGAAAAUCCGCGUUUUAUACGAUAAAUUAACCUUAUAAAAUAUCUUUUCAGCUGCAUAUUUUCUGUCUACUGCUGCACCAGCAAUAAAACAACGUGAAAAGUCGAAGAUGGCCGAUACAUUCUCGAAAUUGCCGACUUAUGCUCACCCAACUCACUACAAGAUCCACUUGAAGCCAAAUCUCGAAACUUUCAAGUGUGAGGGUGAAGAAACUGUAAAUGUAACGAUUAACGAAGCUACUAACAAAUUGCAAUUGCAUUCCGACAAUAUUGAAGUCAAGUCCGCCAGGGUGAAGCUGGCUGACGGUAUGAGUAAGUGUUUUUGGUUUUGGUUGCUUUUUAGGUGUUUUUAAGGAUUUUCAAUACUAUAAAAGGUUGAAAUGGUCUAGUUUUUGUAUUAGAAGAAGGUUUUAAAGACGUUUUGGUUGUUGGAAGAUUUAAAAACGCAUUGUGCAAAAUUUUGAUAAUCAUCUAAAGUAAUAUAAUUCAUUUCAGCUCUCACAAACUUACCAAUCAAGCUGGACAAGAAGUGGGGAUGGCUUCAGAUUGACUUUCCAUCUGAAGUUCAACCCCAAAACAUUGAACUCACUCUGGAAUUCAUUGCUGAACAUAGUGAACACCUUCAAGGUUUCUACCGUUCCAAGUACAAGGAUGCCGCUGGAAACACCAAGUACAUGGUGUCAACUCAAUUCGAGUCGACCUAUGCUCGCAAAGCAUUUCCAUGCUGGGAUGAACCAACAUACAAAGCCACAUUUGAUGUGGAAUUGACGGUUGAUAAGGAAUUGGUCGCCUUGAGUAAUAUGCCAUUCACGUCUGAAUCUGAAGUUGAUGGAAAGAAGGUCUACAAAUACGCUACGACCCCAAUUAUGUCUUCGUACUUGAUUGCUUUUGCUGUGGGAGAGUUCGAGUACAUUGAGGUAAGUUUUUUGGCGGUUUUUAUCCGAUUUUUGGGUUUCGCAGCCUGUGAGGGACAUGUUAUGCGAUGGAUUUUAAUUUUUUUUUGUUUGGAGGUCAAAUUUUUUAGGAAAAAGCCAAGACUGGCACUCAAGUACGUAUCUACACAGUACCAGGCAAAAAGGAACAAGGUCGAUUUGCUUUAGAAGUGGCAUGCCGCGCCCUAGAAUGGUACACCGAAUGGUUCGCUCAACCAUACCCAAUUCCAAAGUGUGAUCUGAUUGCUAUUCCCGACUUCUCAAUGGGCGCCAUGGAGAACUGGGGAUUGGUCACGUACAGAGAGGUGUGCUUGUUGAUCAAUGAUGCCAUUUCUUCUCACAGACAAAAGAGUCAAGUCGCUUUGGUCGUUGCUCACGAACUGGCCCACUUUUGGUUCGGAAACUUGGUUACUAUGGUAGGUUUUGGGGUUUCAAAUGGAAUAAUGUUGUUUUAAAUUUUAAAAUGGAUGUUUGGUGGAAGAUUUUUAGUGUAAAAUACAUUAUAAAUCUUCCACUCAACUUUCACUUUCUGAAAAUUUUUAAAGGGGUCAAAUUAUGCAGAAACUUUGUUUACAAGUUGAUUUCUAACCAUAGUUUUGCUUUCAGAAAUGGUGGACCGACCUCUGGCUGAAAGAAGGCUUUGCCUCCUUCAUGGAAUACCUAUUCGUAGCCAACAACAAGCCUGAAUUCAAGAUCUGGCUUCAUUUCGUGAACGAUGAAAUUGCCAGCGGCUUCAAUUUGGACUCGCUGAAGUCAUCUCACCCGAUCGAGAUUGAAAUCGACAAUCCGAACGAGCUGGACGAGAUCUACGAUUCCAUCACUUAUGCCAAAUCGAACUCGAUCAACAGAAUGUUGUAUACCUAUUUGGGAGAAGAACGAUUCAGAGCCGGAUUAAGGGUGUACCUAGAUAGGUUUAAGUACAACAAUGCUGUCACUUUGGACUUGUGGAAGGCUUUGUCAGAAGCGUCGGGUGAGGAUGUCAAUAAAAUGAUGUCAUCGUGGACGAAACAAGUCGGAUUCCCGAUUGUUCAGGUGGGUAAAACAUUUUUUGAAGUUUUUUUGGUUUUUUUGUUGAAAUUGUUAUAGUUUGGUCAGGGGCGUCGCUAGGGGGGGGUUGAGGGGGGUGGAUCCACCCCCCCUGAGCCGAUCCGAAAAAAAAAUUCACAGGUAGGUGGUACCUGUACACGAAAAAUCGAAAAAAAUUUUUUUUUGAAAAAAUUGUUGAGUUUGGUCUAAAAUGAGUAUGCGAAAUUAAAAAACAACUUUUUGAGGUUAAAAAUGAUGAGAGUUACUAACUCAAUAUAAUGAUUAAGCAAGAAUUUUGAGAUUGGAAUUGAUUGUUUUUAGGUAUCAGAAGAGAGGCUAGGAGAUAACAAACGUAAAAUCAUUCUAAAACAACAACGGUUCUUAGCCGACGGUAGCACUGAUGACACGGUUUGGCAAGUACCAAUUGGAAUUUGUACUGCUAGUAAGUUUUAUAAGGUUCUUAGAGAUUUAAGGCUUAUAUUGUGAUGUUUUAACAUUUAAUGAUUUGGUUUAAAAAAUUUUUUUGAUUUUAAAGUAUUUUGAAAUUCAUUUUUUGGUCAUAAAACCUGCUAAAAUGACAAUUAUUCUAGGCAAACCAAACGAAACCGUCCACAAGAUCCUCUUAACCAAACCCCAAGAUGAGUUUGUCCUAGAAGGCGUAAGCGACGGCGAUUGGAUCAAAUUGAACGCCAGCACCGCCGGCUUCUAUCAAGUACAAUAUUCGGACGAUAUGCUCCAGAAACUGUUGCUAGCCAUCAAGGAUCAGAAGCUGGACGUACUGGACAGAUUUGGCAUCACAAACGAUCUGUUUGCCCAAGUUAAGGCCGGCAAAGCAACACCAGUCGCAUUUUUAUCACUGGUCGCUGCUUCUAUCAAUGAACAAGAAUAUAUUGUAUGGGGAGCGUUGGACAACGGUCUAGCUACGAUCACUAAUGCUUUGGCAAGAGCUAGCGACCCCAGUUUGAAGGAAAAGUUCAACGAGUACGUAAGGAGAGCCCUGGAGCCGGUGGGAGAACGAUUGGGAUGGGAGAAGAAGGAUGGAGAAGGUAAAUUUUGGGGGUUUUAACAUGCUAUUGGUUUGAAACAGGUCUAGUGGUGUAUUUUUUUAAUGGUUUUUUGGUUUUCACCUUUUAGAAUAAACUAAAAGUGUUUAAUUUUUACCGUUUAUAUUUUUCAGAUUCCCAAACUUCGAUGCUCCGUUCCCUGAUCCUCGGCCGCUUGUGCAAGGCCGGCCACGAGAAAUCCAUUGCCACUGCCCUACAAAAGUUCAACGAGCAUGUUGAUGACAAAAAGGAACUACAUCCCGACCUGAGAAUGAUGAUCUACGGUGUCGCGGCCCGAAACGGCGGUCAAGAAGGCCUGGCCAAACUGCAAAAAGUCUUUGAAACCUGCGAUUUCCCAGAAAUCGAACGAAAUGCCAUUCUGGCUAUGGGUCAAGUCAAAGGACCCGAGUUGUUGUCACAAGUUUUUGAGUAUGGCAUCAUAAAUGGCAAGAUCCGUCCCCAAGAUUUGAUCUCCCUCUUUGUUGGCGCUGCUAGCUCCCCAAUGGGCCAAGACUUUGCCUGGCAGUUCUUCCAAAAACACUAUCAGUUGUUGAUCAGCAAGUUCGGGUCGGUCAACUCGAGCCUGUUCCAGUAUUGCCUCAAAUUCAGCGGAUCUCAACAGUCCUCCAGCGAUUUUGUACAACAAUACGAGGUAAGGAAUGGCUAAAAUAUUGUGUUGGAAGAUUAAAUAUGACGUUGUUAGAAGGUAAUUUAAAGUUUUGGAAGUGAGAGCUUUGUGGAAGAUUUUCAAUGCAAAUUACAGUAAAAUUCUUCCACGUAACUUUCAUCUUUAAAAAAUGUCAUAAUUAGUUUAGGUAUGAAAUUUUUCCGCAAAUUUUAAUUUUUCUCAUUUUCAGGGCUUCUGUAAAAGUGCAUUUGACUCGGACCAACAAAAAGUCCUGGACCGACCAAUCAAACAGACGGUCGAAAACAUUUUGGUCAACCAAACGUUGCGAAAGGAAUGCGAAACCUCGGUGGCCAAAUUCCUGAUUGAAAACUAG